AUGGAACCAGCAGCCACCGCUGACGCCGAGCUGCAGCCCCCGCUCCUCGCCAACGCGUCGGAAGCCCUCCCCAGCGCUUUCCCGAGUGCCGGCGCCAAUUCGUCGGGGUCGCCGGGCGCACGGAGCGCCUCAUCCCUUGCCCUGGCCAUCGCCAUCACCGCGCUCUACUCGGCAGUGUGCGCCGUGGGGCUCCUGGGCAACGUGCUCGUCAUGUUCGGCAUCGUCCGGUAUACUAAGAUGAAGACGGCCACCAACAUCUACAUCUUCAACCUGGCCUUGGCAGAUGCGUUGGCCACCAGCACACUGCCCUUCCAGAGCGCCAAGUACCUUAUGAAGACAUGGCCUUUUGGGGAACUGCUCUGCAAGGCUGUGCUCUCCAUUGACUAUUACAAUAUGUUCACCAGCAUCUUCACACUCACCAUGAUGAGUGUCGAUCGCUACAUCGCUGUCUGCCACCCUAUCAAGGCCCUGGACUUCCGUACACCUGCCAAGGCCAAGCUCAUCAACAUCUGCAUCUGGGUCCUGGCCUCAGGUGUUGGCGUGCCCAUCAUGGUCAUGGCUGUGACACGCCCCCGGGAUGGGGCGGUGGUGUGCACGCUCCAGUUCCCCAACCCCAGCUGGUACUGGGACAGGGUGACCAAGAUCUGUGUGUUCCUCUUCGCCUUUGUCGUGCCCAUCCUCAUCAUCACGGUGUGCUACGGCCUCAUGCUGCUGCGCCUGCGCAGCGUGCGCCUGCUGUCGGGCUCCAAGGAGAAGGACCGCAGCCUGCGGCGCAUCACGCGCAUGGUGCUGGUGGUGGUGGGCGCCUUCGUGGUGUGCUGGGCGCCCAUCCACAUCUUCGUCAUCGUCUGGAUGCUGGUGGACAUCGACCGGCGCGACCCGCUCGUGGUGGCCGCGCUGCACCUGUGCAUCGCGCUGGGGUACGCCAACAGCAGCCUCAACCCGGUGCUCUACGCCUUCCUCGACGAGAACUUCAAGCGCUGCUUCCGCCAGCUCUGCCGCACGCCCUGCGGCCGCCCGGAACCCGACAGCUUCAGCCGUGCCCGCCAAGCCACUGCCCGCGAGCGGGUCUCCGCCUGCUCCCCGACGGACGGCCCCGGCGGGGGCGCCGCUGCCUGACCAGGCCCGGCCGGCCCCCCGGGAGCCCCUCGGAAGUGACCUGGAGCCCAUAUGGAGUUAUGAUGGGGGAAGGAAUGGGGCAGUAGUGGGGCGAGAGACUUGGGGUCUCCAGAUGGGGCCACUACUUUGGAGAAAAGGGCCGGGCCUGAGACCAGGCAGGGGCUGCGAAAUGGGGCCUCCGCAGUGGGGCGGGCCUCUGCCCUGGCGGGGCCUCUGUUGGGUGCAUGGCUCUGGGUUGGGUUAGGGAGCUAAUGACCCAAGGGGAGGGGGACCUGUGGCUCUAGAACUGGGCCGCGAAAUAGGGCCUGUGCAGUGGGGCGGGGCCUCAACCUUGGGACAUUCGGUUAGGGUGCUAGCUGGGAGUGGGGAGCUGGGGCUUGCCGGAGUAGGGGUCUGGCCUAGACCAGAAGGACCCGGCGGCCCAGGACCCGGGAGGGGGCCACGGUGGACACGGUGGCCUGAAAAUUGAGCAGCAAGAUUGGGCGUCUUUGCUGUGGGGAGGAGCGAGAUGGAACCCGUGUGCAGUGGGGUGAUGUUUCAACUUUGGGGUAGCGUCCCAGCCCCGAGUUCUAGCAGGGGGCGGGCUCGCCACGGUUCUGGUCCAACCUGGUAUCCUUAUUUUUUAAAGAAGAGGGAGAAACAAUAUAACUUAUCCCCUCAACAGUCAUUUCCUUGGAACGCGCGGGACUCCCGCAUCGGGAUAGCGUCCCCAGCACUGAGUCCCAGCGGCACCGGGAGAGGGUAGCCGGACAGGGGCUCAUUUGGGGAAAGAACCCCAGUCCCGAGUUCUAAGGAGCGAGGAGGUGGCCUCUGAGGGAUGAUGUUGGGCUGUGGUCCUGAAAAGAGGCAGAGGGGCAGGGCUUCUGCUUUGAGAGUGUGCUUUUCCAGAGCCCCCAGGGCUCUGGCUUCUCCAGAACAGAGGACCAGGUGAGUUAGAGCCCCCUGGAUGGUAAGUAGCACCUGGGACUGAGUGAGGAGGAUCGGAAGCACCAGUUCCUACUCUUCCCGCCCCGGAUGUAUGCUUCAAAGGAACCCUCUCCCCACUUUUCCAACAUCUGCCUGUGUCCUGGAGGAGAUGGAACUGCACCCACAGGACCUGACUUUGAAGGAACUGGGGGUUGGGGUGGGGGGUGGGGAGGCUUUUGUAGUGCAGACUCUGGCCUCAGCAUGUGCUCCCCUCUCUCCCUUACCCCUCAAGCUGCUGAGGGUGGUGGGCCCCCCAGAGCUAGGCAUAGACGUUUUUCUCUUCAGUUGCUGGCCUUUUUGUUCAGGCCCUCACCUCCUCUCCCCUCCCUCACAGAUGCGGCAACUCAUGCACCCCUCACUCCCUGUCAAAGUAAUGUGCUGACACCCUUGUAAAAACAAAUUUAAUUUUCUUCCCUUUUUGGGACAGAUGAGAAGAAAUUGACAUCUUUGUCUCAAACACGCAAAAAAAAAAAAAAAAAAAGAAAAAGAAAAAGGAAGAAAAAGAAACAAUAUACCUCUUCUCCCUCUGACAGUCAUUUCC